UUCCUCCCCUGGAAUUAAAAUUUCAAAUUUACUGAAUAAACUACAGUCACCGACGAAUGUUUACACUUGCUCCGUUAUAAGCUAUACUCAUACCCCGCUAUCAUGGAGCUAAACGGCAACGAGAAACGGUAGAAGGGAGACCGCGUUAACAGGCCUUCGUUCUUCAACCAGAUGUAACUCAUAACUCCAGUUGCCGGAAGCACCGGAAAUUGAGAGAUUCGCAGUUUUGUUUCAAUUUUUGCAUGGGAAUUGCUUUUAUUUAUUUCAAUAAUAAAAAAAAACUACCUCCUGCACACUUGUCGAAAAGCACAUGAAUACGUGAGGUCAUUUACACUCGGAAAUUAUGACCAACGAUAAACAGCUGUGGUUUCGUGGCGUGCGUAGCAGCAAAUUUCGUCAUGUUUAUGGUGUACCAGCGAAGCGUGAUAAGUGCUAUGACAAUAUUAAAAUAACGAAGAACGCCCAUGACUCGCAAUUCUGUGCGGUUAAUCCAAAGUUUCUUGCCAUUGUUACGGAAGUUGCUGGAGGUGGUGCAUUUCUUGUCAUCCCCCUUGACAACACUGGGCGACUCGAUUUCAAUGCCAACAGAAUUACGGGACACACUGGACCCGUUUUGGAUAUCAAGUGGAAUCCGUUCAAUGAUAAUGUCAUUGCCUCCUGCUCGGACGACUGUACCGUGAAACUCUGGCACAUUCCCGACGGAGGUCUAUCCCGGAACCUGACGGAAUGGCUAGUGGAGCUCCAAGGCCACAAACGUCGUGUGGCUUACCUGGAAUGGCACCCAGUGGCCGAGAACAUUCUCUUCAGCGCUGGUUUCGAUCACUUGAUAAUCGUGUGGGAUAUCAACAGGGGUGAAGCGAUCAACAUAAUCGAUCGUCAUCCCGACGUCAUCUACAGCAUGUCGUUGAACCGAGACGGAAGCCUCCUGGCCACCACCUGCAAGGACAAAAAAUUGAGGGUAUUCGAGCCUCGUUCAAGUAUCGUUGUCUCAGAGGGUGUCUGUCACGCUGGAACAAAAGCUAGCAAAGUCGUGUUCCUCGGUGGUACUGGUCGCCUUUUGACAACUGGCUUCAGCAAACACUCGGACAGACAGUAUGCUGUCUGGAGCCAACACGAUUUGUCAAGCCCCUUGGCCUGCGAGACCAUAGACUCGUCUAGUGGAAUUGUCUUUCCCUUCUGCGAUAGUGAUACAAAUGUAGUGUAUCUCGCUGGUAAAGGGGAUGGCAAUAUCAGGUACUACGAGUACGUUAACGAGGCACCGUGGCUCCACUAUCUCAGCCAGUUUAUCUCGGGAAAUCCUCAGAGAGGACUGGGGAUCAUGCCCAAGAGAGGCAUUAACACCAGCACUUGCGAAGUCUUCAGAUUCUUCAAGCUCCAUGCCACCAGGGGAAUGUGUGAACCCAUUUCUAUGAUUGUUCCCAGGAAGAGUGAUCAGUUCCAAGAAGAUUUGUAUCCAGAUACAGUGGGUACCACACCCGCAUUAUCAGCGAAAGAUUGGAUCAGUGGAAUCAACAGUCCACCCCUCCUGAUAUCCCUAAAAACAGGUGGAGGCAUCACAACACAUAAGCCUCAAGUGUACAAACCCCCUCAGUCAAUCCCCGCUGCCGAUGUAAACACAAAGAAGAAAUUCGCAUUUCUAUCGACAGAAACGAUUCCCGACUAUCGGCCAAUCGAUCCUCUAGACAUUGAGAAGAGCCAAAAAACAUCGAACAAUCAGAGCACGAAAAUCCAUCAGCUGCAACAGAGAUUCGGCCACGUGACCAUCCAGCCAACAAGAUGUAGCACCCAAUUCUAUGAGCUCGUUAGCAAGUUCGGGGCGUAUACCAAUGUUUGCAAGAACAAUGCACCCCUCAACGACAACAAGAUCAUGGAGUCCGUGGAUAUACCGAACAAUGAAGCUGAAUUACGGCUGGCAUAUGCCAGACAGACUGACGAGCUCCGUUUAAUUAGACGACAGCUUGCUAAUAAGCAGAUGAGGGUCAAGGAACUCGAAGAGCAGCUGAGAAAACUUCAGAAUAAUUGAGAUAAUUUUUUACUGUAUUAUUAAUACCAAAAUAGUUCAGUUGAGGGAAAAUCAUUCUGAGGCUUCACCGACUUUUCUAGGAUAAAAUUUUCCAGACGAUAUUUUUUCAAAAAUGCAUUCUAGAUUUUUUCUUCAUAAUUUUUCCCUUUGUUCUUUUCAUUUUGAAAAGAAAGCUGUCGUAAAAAGUGAGCUUGAAAUCAUUAUUACCCACUUUCUUUCGUCUGGUAAAUUCUAUUCAUGAAAAGAAGGCGAAUCACCAUUCUGACGAAUUGGGAUCGAAAAUGAAAUGCUAUUGGUAUGCUUUGUGCUGAAACUCUAUAAAGAAUUUGUGCCGAGAGAAACAUCGCUUUGCAUUCGUCGUUUGCGGUAAUUAUUGUAUUAAAAAUAUGAAAUGGACCUAAUCAUUGUUCAGUGACUUAUUUGUUUUAAUUUUUUAACGAUUUGAGGACGACAGAAUGAUUUUAUUUUAAUUGACAUUUUAUUGACAUUUUUAGAUUAAGUCGACUCUGUGAUUCACUCGUGUAAUUACUUUUCUUUGUUUUUAAACCAUUCCCUCUGUAAUGGUUUUCUUAAUGAAUUUUGGAACUUAUUAUUCUAAAGCAUAUCAAUUCUUCUGAUCGUCUUUAUUUUUGCAGCUUACGAGUAUUUUGUGGUGUAGAAUUUGAUGUUUGUGGAGUAUGUAGAAUUAGGAGAACCAAUCUACAACAAUUACUCAGAUCAAUUUGUACUGAUUUCUAUAUUACAAUGUUUAUAUGUAUUUUUAAUACCUUGAUGUUGUGGAUUUAGCUAAUUUCUUGUGUUCGCCCCCCAUUCAUCCCAUCAAUUUCAUAAUUCAUCCGAAAAAGAACUGGUAACAAUGGCCUAUGAAUUUUUUUAAUCGCCAACAAUUUUCUUAAUUCAGAGAAAAGUUUCAAAAGUUUUUCUCUUCCUGGAUAAAAACCGGUUGUGUCUCCAUAUUUCUCCCUUAAUGAGAGCAUGAAAUUUAGCUGUGCCUUGAAAUGACAUUUAUAAAAAUGCUGCCUUUUUAAUUUAUUAGAAUUCUAUUCUGUAAUGGGAUCACCUUUAAACAAUUUGAGGUUCUAUCUCAGGACAAUGGCACCCAAAACAAUAUUUUCUUACAAGUGUAAAAAGUAAAAUUUUUAGUCAUAAAAAUUCUCCUUUUCAGACGAGUAAGAAAAAACUGUUUUCUGGAAAUUUGCCUUAAAGGUGACCCAAUCAAUUAAACCACACAAUUAGAACAAAAUUUGUUUAAAUGUAUCAAUAGUUCGUACCACUUGGAUCAAUGUGGUCUAUACGAACAGGCGAAAUAAACAUAAAAAAUAUUGGAAGUUAGCCAGACGUAAUCACACGUGUGUUGCCUUAAGCCUACGAAAUAAAGCCACAAAUGCCAAAGAGAAAGUGUCGAUUCAUAUAUUCAGAAUAUUUUAUAAUUCAACAAACGACCAGAACUGUUUCAUUUAAUUUUAAAAAAACACAAUCACGCUAAAACACUUAGUAUUUGUACGUACAAAUUGAUAUACAUUUGUAGAAAUAUAAAUCCGAAUCAUUUUAUAAUUUGUAGGUUAUGUGCAGAAUAAAGAAGUCGAGUGUUCGUAA